UAAUCAACAAGUGAAGUCCAUUGUCGGUGUCCUUGUUAGGAAUAAAGUUCUGCAAUUAUUUGUCACAUGUUUGUUGACAGAACGUUAGCUUCGUGGCCAGCUGACGUGUAGGAGUGAGUAGAGCACUUGCGUAUGUACCAGUAACUCAUUCUAUUCCGUCACCUCAUUAACUUCAUCCCCAUCCUAGGACUGGUGAGAUGAAGACAGUACACGAUAUAAGUGGAAGCAGGCAUGUUGAUUGAGACCAUCAUGAAAUAUCAGGGAUAUACACUUCUACUGCUGAUAGGUAUAUUAGGUUUUCAUGUCACACAUCAGGACUCGGUGGACAGUAAAGAAAUUGAAGAUAGCUUAAAGAGAUAUAAAAAAGAUUUCAGACAAUGGAUGAAAGACAAAGGUAUGUCUCCACAAGAAAGAAAAGCUUUGAAGAAGAAACUGAAAGAAAUAGAAAUAUUAGCCAAUGCAAAGUAUGGCUUAACCCCAAUUUCUCCCGAUGCAUUGGAUAAGGACAAUAUGAUGUAUGACGGAGAUAUUCUCCUGAGCCUAGAGCAAGCUACAAUGAUAGAAGAAACACUCAAAUCAAGCAAACAUCGAAACAGACCAAAAAGAAAAGUUAUACCUUUUAAGAUAUUCAAACAGAGUAAAUGGACGUUUCCAAUAAAAUAUAAGUUCAACUAUAUGCCAGAAAACGGCGGUGAGAGGUGGAAGGCAGCUAUUCGUAAGGCCAUCUAUAAAUGGGAAAAUACAACAUGUGUACGAUUUAAAGAGUUAUCCGUUGGAGAUGAUGAUCCCAAGUCACCAUUUAUAUCGUUUACUAAUCUAGAUCCGCAGUGCUUCUCAUACAUAGGACGACAACGGAUUACAAUUCCGCAACCUGUCAAUUUUGCAGAAAGUUGCAUUGAACAGCCAGGUACAUUGGAGCAUGAGAUAGGACACGCUUUGGGAUUUUGGCAUGAACAAGCGCGACCUGAUCGAGAUCAUUUUGUGAGGAUAAACACUGGCAACAUAGAGGCUAUGAAAGAAAAUAAUUUCCUAAAGGUGCCGGAUAUUCAAAGUGAGGCAUAUGGUGUCGAGUAUGAUUAUUCGUCUGUGAUGCAUUAUCAUGGCAAGGCGUUUAGUAAAAAUGAGGGCAUUACAAUAAAAGCAUUAGACGACCUUUACCAGAGCUCUAUGGGACAGAGGACGGGGCUGUCAUUCGCUGAUAUUAAAACUGCAAAUACUGCAUAUUGCGGAUUGGUUUGCAGACCAUUGCCUGUUGGUAAGAGUUGUAAAUGGGGCGGUUAUGUUGAUCCGAAUAACUGUCAACAGUGUGUGUGUCCUGAUGGUUUUGGAGGGAGGUAUUGUAAUGGUGUCGAGAGCGGAAUACCAGCGGAAUGCAGUGGCUUCUUACAUGCUACCGCAGAUGUCCAGACAAUAACCUCACCAAACUAUCCAAUCCAUUAUCAAGAUUUUCAGCACUGUAAUUGGAGAAUCAUUGCACCAAAAGGCUGCAAAAUUGUUUUGCGAUUCGUGGACGACUUCAACGUCUAUUGCUUACGUGAUGUUUGUUAUCAUUGGGUCGAGAUAAAAUACAAUAAAGAGCUGGGUCUCGCAGGCCCAAGGUUCUGUUGUGAACUAGACAAAAAUCCAAAACCUAUGAUAUCUGAGGACAAUGAGGCCGUUGUACUAUUCAGAAGUGACUAUGCUAGUGGUCAAACUCGUCGUAAAGGAUUUAAGUUGGAAUAUACUUUGAAUUUGCCAGAUCCAGCUUGUGAAGCUGCACUUGGUAUGACAACAACUUCAACAACCACAACAACUACAACAACUUCUGCCCCAACAUUGCCAGACAUGUCAACCCACAUGGAUGAAACGAUAACGCCCUUUGAAACGCCUACUACUAUGAGCACUUCUGAAAGAACCCCUUCUACGAAACCUAGGGAAAAACCAACACCAUCGCCUCCCGAAGAUGGACCACCGUGUGGGGGUUGUACCGGUUCUCCGAACUCAAUUCAACCUAAAUGUGUGGCCAAAAUAGAAUCGAAAUGCAGACAGCCUAAUGGUCAAAAGAUUCCCUGUAUAAAGGAGAAAGCGUCAUGUUGUGAAAAUGUUAUUGAAUUCAACAGCACCCAUUGCCAAGCACCCACAUGUGAAGAAUGGGAUCCUUGGUCAAUAUGCACAAAGGAGUGUGGUGCCUGUGGAACGCAAGUGAGAUACAGGAAAUGUUCCUAUAGAGGACCAUGGAAAGACUUUUUACGAAAAGAAGUGCGUGUAUGUAAUACACAGGUUUGUGGACCCGACUGUACGGAGAAAUUUAGAUGCUUCUUCCGUAUACCAUGGAGCCCUUUAUGCGAACGACGUUGUAAGCCGUGUUGCAAGAAAUACACUGGAGUGAAUGGUCAGUGUGUCUUAAAAGCCGGGGAUGAUCCAAUCAUCAUGCAACUAGAGUCCCCGCUUUUAAUGAGUGAAUCCGAUGACAUAAUACCAUCUGUAGAUGAUGACGAUUUAGUAUUAACCCCACUGGAAAAAGAGAACCUUGGAGAAAUAUAUAGCAACAGGAGACAAACACAACGUAGAUAGCAUAUAACAUUCUUCCGGAGAGAGGUGUAUAUACCAAAAUUAGAUAAACCAAGACAUUUUCUGGUCAUAGAACGCUGAAUGAUAUAAUAAGGAGUAUUAAUUCUUGUUGGUUAUGGAAUGUAUUCAUCGCGGAAUGAAAUUCCAUACACAAUGCGAAUGCAUUUGGCUUUUAUUGCACUUUACCUCAAUUAAAGUUACAUGUGCCUCGUUUUGAAAGGUAUAAGAAUAGCCUCUAGGGAUAAACUUUAAGUGGUAUAAUAAGCCUUUUGUUGCAGCAUCACUGUAUCUUACAAGAAAAUUAUGAUUAAAGACUGAUUUUUUAUAUCCUGAAUAUGUUGUAUUGAGCCAUAUUCAGCAGCGAAAAUGGAAUAUCAAAGACUAUUUGUUUGAAUACUAAGCCCGGUUUACACUGAGCGUUUUUUAUGUCCUGUGCGUUUCUAAUAGAAGAAAAGACCACCGGUUUUGCCGGUUUUGAUAAUAUUUCAAAAUCGGACGUCGAAGGACUUUUGCCUAUUGAGUCCUUAUGAUAUCCUGUUGAGUUCUUAUGAUAUCCUGUUGAGUCCUAGAAGUCCGAUUGAGUUCGCAAUGCCGACCGCGAUCUGGCUAUCUGGACACUUUUGGUAUUUAAACUAUCAAAAACUUCAUUUUAACAAACGUGGAAACAUUUAAUUGAAAAGUGAUUUAAAAUUGCUUCUUGAGUAGAGGUCUUGUGCAAAUAAGGCAUCAGCCAUCAAAAUUUGAACCAAAUCGCGUUCUGCCAACUGCUAUUUGAGUUAUCGUCCGAACAGACGAAUGGACGAACGGACGAACGGACGAAAGGCUUCACUAUAUCGCUUGCGAACUUUGUUCCUUGGGAUGAUAAAUGCAUAGUAGAGACAGCGGAGAAUAUGCGUGAGUUCUAUUCAUAGAAAGUAAAUAAUCAAAAACUAUGAA